GACACUGGUGCGUAUUCACUAAGUCGUAUCACUAUCAGGACUUGUGGGAACCAGUAAAAUUAUAAUGGGAGCUACACACACGCGUUGGUUGUGCUUGCUAGCGCCACUCUCACUUGUACAGGCAGUGCAUUCCUAUUAAUUUUAGUCUCUUGGAUGGGUUACUCAAAUCUUCACACCAAAAUAAAAAGAAAUGCCCUGAGUUAUCAUUUUGACACUGGUGGCGAAUUGAAGUCCUGCCUCCUGAAUGGAACCCAGCCGCAGGGGAUGUUUGCUGUGCCUGCUGCUGUACUGCUUGUGAUUGUGGAGCCGUGUGCAGUCACUCACACUCACUGUUACCAUACCAUACUCAUGAGGUUGGGUUUCACUUACCAGCUUUGUAUAAGGUGCACCGGAGGGUGUACCCAGUGUGCUGACAGUCCUCGACACCAUGGCGGAGGGUGUACCCAGUGUGCUGACAGUGCUCAACACCACGGCGGAGGCAGAGCGUAAUACAGAACAGAACAACAAGGACAAUCAAGGCUUGUUUGCUGCGACUUGAAGUUUCAUGCUCUCGCAAUCAUCAUGGUCAUCACCAGUUCAGAUACUUUGUAUGGAGAUUACACCGUCAGUUGCGAUGCGAUAGUUAUGUUAGAGACACACCUGUUUGUGGUGGGAAUCCAAGGAGUGGCACAGCGUCAGUAUCACUUUGCCACCGCCAUGGCCAAUGAAUGUGAACAGUGGGUCAUGUCUAUACAGGAAGCGAGUACUGAGAAUCAGCUACGUCAGCUUGACAUGCUGAAGGAGCAGUGUGACCGCUUGAGCAGCCAGCUGGAGGCCAAGACGUCGGAGGUCGUCAGACUCGCCAAAGACUGUGCUGACCAGGAGGACGAACUGAUCCACAUACGUUCACAGAUACGAGCUGACUCUGUGCAUUUCUCACCGAGGCGAGACGUGGCCCGGCGGAAAACGCUGGAAUUCUCCUAUCCACUGCCGCUCAUUAUCAAGCUGCAGAAGCGGUGGAGGCUGAACCGCCGGGCGAUGAAGUUUGUCCGGGUUGUCGACCAGUAUGUCUCGUCACAGCAUGCUGAGGUGGGACGAGAGAGGAAUAGACUGGUGUGGAAGCUGAUAGCCAAUGAGGAGGAGUACGUAGAACAGCUGAACAUGAUCGUUGACCUGUUUCUGAGACCCAUGAGAAUGGCGGCUGAGAGUACCAACCCCAAGGUGAAGCUGGAGAAAGUCAUGACGAUAUUCUCCAACAUCGAACAAAUAGCCGUCGUGCAUGAACUGUUUCUGUCCGGCCUUCAUCAGCAAGUGAAGAAGUGGCCAGCCAUGAGAUUCGGCUGGCUUCUCGACGUGACGUUUCCCAUGUUCUCUCUCUACCAUGAGUACACGCGCAACAGUGCACUCUCCACUGCGAUGGUGCGCGAGGUCUUCAAAGCCGACCCGCAGGGCCGCCAUCCGGACAUCGUAGCGGUCCUGCUCAGUUUCUCCAAUCUGAGCACUGUUGAGCAUCUCAAUGAACUCUUGGCUAAACCAACACAGCAGCUGAGCCACUACACCAAGCAGAUACAGGCACUGCUGCAGGUGACGCCGAGUUACCAUGUCGAUCGGGCACACCUCGAGCAGGCACUGGCCACACUCGAUGAAGUCAAGACGACUAUUGACGGGGAGCCUAGCCUACGAGAGCGCAUGAUCAAGACGCUGAAGGUUGAAAGCACCAUACAGCGUGGCUGCAUUGAGCUGCUCAGCCCCAAACAAGUCAUGAUCAGAAACGGUCUGCUCACUCAUCAGCGUAUGUUCACCACGUCAGGAUCAAUGGCUCGCAAGGACAAGAAACUGCGGGAGCGCCACUGUUACCUAUUCUCACAACACUUGAUAGUCUGUCGACGCAUCACCAAUGAAACUCUCGAACUUGUCAAGGACGUCGGUGUACUGCCCCUCAAGGGUUGCAUUUUCAAAGAAAAUAUGCGGGAUGACGAGCUGGAGCAGGAGUAUGGCUUGCAUGCCAAUCUGGCCUUCAGCCUGGUCUGCUCAACACCGCAUGGCAAUGUGUCCUGCACAUUCUGCUGUGGCUCUCCUAAAGACAAGGCGAGCUGGGCCAGCGACAUACGUGAUUGCGUCAGUAACCUGCAGAUCGAAGAGACUGCCACACUCCAUGAGCAUACCGACGACUUUGGCAAGCAGAUGGACGCAGUGCUCUUGUCACCCGAACACUCUAUGGACUUCAACUUCUCAAGAUCUGGACCUGAGAGCAUCAGAAGUUUUCAGCUGUAUCGAAGCAGCAGCCAGACUGAGUUGAAACGAAUCCAGACCGAGAGCGUGCAGUCCCUGUGUCAACGGCUGGUGCAUCCCAAAGGCUUAGUGAAGGAGUACCUUCACAUCUUCCUGGCCACUAUGUCUGCUUUCAUUUCACACACCGACUUCCUCGACUUCCUCAUCAACACGUUUCAACAGAUUCACCGUCAUGCCCGCCACCAUCAUCCUUCGCCAGUCGGCUCUCUCAAGAGAGAUGUCGGCAAGACGGUCGUUGACAGCCCACUGCUGACUCCGAAGAAGGAGGUCGUUUCCCCGCUGAGCGCUAUCGACAGGGAGAGAGCUGUACUGCGUCGUGAGCGUCACUCCGAAGAGUGGAGCAAGCACGCACUGCACCCGCUGAAGCCACUGCCACCUCCGUCAACAGGGCGAGACGGCUACGUGCAGCGGCAGCAGCAGCUCAACCGGCAGCGUCGGCCCGCCCUGGCCGAGAGCGUAAGCAGCGCAAUAGCCCCUCGCUCUGGGACGGUUAGUGGCGGCAGUGUUAGUGCAGGCAGUACGCCGGUCGCCGCCAGCGGAAGCAUCAGCCUCUCGCAGUCGGCACGCAGCGGGUUCGCGCCGCUCUCGCGCAUGCUGCGCAACCUGAGUUCUGAAACGCCAUCGCAACAAACUAGCAGCAGCUUUGUCGCUCAUGUCAAUUUGGAUUCGCCGGCAGGAUGCUCACCAAGAAAUGGUCGCAGCAAGCGAUCGAAAUCACCAGCUAGAGAUGCGACCAUGGCUAUUGUCUCGGAAUCAGCGCCGGCCUGGUUCCAGUCACCGCUUCAGGACGGCGACGACGACAUCAGAGAUGAAAAGGAAGACGAGUUUGGGUCGACUCCGCCGUCAAUGCCCCACACGCCCGAACCGCCGCACACCCCGGACCCUCCGCACACCCCAGAGCCGGCUCAGUCGACCGGGUCACCACACCGGGUGAAACGCCGCAAGUCCAAGCGACAGACUCGCGACCAGGCUUUCGGAUUCGAAGACUCUGGCAGUGCAUACGGCAGCGCCGUGACACCGAAGAAGGCCGACAGUCGCAAGAACAGCAGUGACAAGAAGGAAAGCAACCGCCUCAGCAUCUCCGAUUUCUUCUCGCGCAUACCGCUGUCGCCACGGCGAUCUCCAGUGAUCCGCAAACGAGGGGCAUCGUCGACGACGUCUGGCGAGCUUUCGACCAAAGCCAGCGCCACCAGCACUAGCGAAGUCGCCGAGCCGCCAAUCAAAUUCGACAAGGAGAGACGGACAUCGUCCGACACCACCGCCAUGAAAGAGCACCGUGCACAGCGCAAUUCUGAGAUUGCCGAUCCAGUUGCCGAGGGUGACGCAGAGCCCUCCGUUCAGCGAAUACCCAGGUCCGUGUCACUGGAAGGCCGUCCGGGGCUGGUGCAGCAUUCUCGCCGCCACGAGAAACAAGCCAUGGUUGAAAUCGACGAGAAUGUCUUUCUUCCAUUCGAAGCAACGACCGAUGUGGUGUCUUCGUCUGACAGCAUGCAGCGCUCCGACUUUCAAAGCUCUUCCGAUUUCGUACCCAGUCCCGUGUCCAAGUCGACUUUCCUAACCCAGUCUCUGUCCGCAUCACCACAGCCUGCGUUCUCCAAUUCAUCCCUGGGCAGUUCAGAAGUACCCGUAGUACUCGAAGAAGCUGACCAGUGGAUGUCGCCACAAGAAAGCACCAGCAGUUCGGCGUGCAGCAGUCGCAAGACAUCCGACAACGUGUCGCCAGGGCUGGCCAAAGUCGAGGAAGAGCCACCAGCGCCGGCCCUCAGCGUCGAGUCCAAGAUGGUCUUCUUCGAUCACCGAGGCUCCGGUGGCGAGAGCAGUGAGCAAGUGUCUGAUAGUGCCAUGGCAACACAGAACAGCACAGUAACCACGGUGAUCGCCGGUGAAGGUGAGCAGCAUCGGGAUCGCCACAGCACCUCGUCUGAAGUCGAUGCAGCAGUCGCCAUCUCCGAUAAUAAUGCAGAUGCCGUGGAGCAAGCGAUCAGUGUUCCAGAGCAGAAUUUUGAGUCAGCAGCACCGGGAGAAUCGCCGACGGAAAGCUCACAUGCGAUGUCAGAGCCAGGUGGAACCGCACCGCCUGCAGCUCAAGAUUGUGAUGACGGUAUUGGUAGCGACGCCGAAGAGGAUACCGAGUUGAAGCCCAGGCAGAGUAGCAUUGUACUGCUACCGCUCACACCGGAGAAACGUCAAAGUCCGGAAGAUAGUAACCAAGCCGUUGCCACAACACCGUCCAGCCCGACACAUUUCGACAGCAACAUGGACGGUCGAGCCACCCUGCCAUCCACCAACCGGCGGGCACGGCAUUUGCGCCGCUUCAAGUCGGUCGACUCUAACAAAUCCCCCGCCAAGGCCACGUCAAGUCCAAACCGGGGCGUACGAUUCAGCGACAAACAGGAUGACCAAGCACUCCAUAGUGAACACGGAUCUGCCAGAUCGACCUUUGAAGCUUCUACUGUUAGUACGACAAGUGACGACUUUGUCUGGUUAGAUGGGACGCCAAGAGGACCGUUGCAUCCAGGUCAAUCUCCAAAAUUACAGGAUGAAUCCCAACUGGGUGUGUUUCCAUUCGAUGAGGACUUUCCGCCCGUCAAGGAUGGGGAGUACUGCUCUUCCUUGCUGAGCGCCCAGCAUCCGGAUUUCCAGUCUCGCUUUGCAAUGGCUGGUUCACGCAGUGAUGGACUAGAUGACCAUGAGGACGAGAAGGGAGACAUACCGUCAGCGUUAAGAUCGCCAUGGCAACCGAGCGUGUCAGCGGACCGUCGCCGCAUGUCCUUCAGGAUGACGUCAUCGCUGAGCCAGGCCAGCGACGUGUCCGACGACGUUCUGGAGCAGCCGCACCUCCAGGAGCACCUGCUGCUGCGCAUCUUCUGCAUCCUGCGCAAGUGGCUGAACCAUCACUUUCAGGACUUUGCCACAAACAGUGAACUGCUUGAGAAGCUUGUCAAGUUCAUCAAUGAACUCUCCGGAAACCUGACAGCCACGGAUGAGGAAGUGCAUAGUCUGCAGGUCAUAAGAGAGGCUAUCAACCGACAACAGUCCAAGCAUAUGGAACACAGCUUCCAGACGCUGAAGAGUCGCUACAAUGAAGCGAUGGACCGCUUACCCCAGUUCAAUUCCCUUGACAACGAGACCGUUGCCAAGCAACUGGCCCUGGUCGGCUACAGUGUGAUUUGCGCCAUGCCGGGAAAGGAGCUCGUCAGUGGCAGCUUCGGCAAGGGGGAUCGGCGCGAAACAGCCCCGCACGUCAUGGCAGUGUCUGACUUCUAUAAUCAGGUGACCGGCUUGAUCAUGUGGGAGAUCCUGCAGCGCAAGAACGCGUCGUCACGUGCCGCCGCCAUCGAGAAGUGGAUCGCGAUCGGCGACAUCUGCCUGACAAUGAACAACUUCUACGCCAUCACCAUGAUCACCAGCUCCAUGAGCACAUCGGCCAUCUGCAGACUGACCAAGACAUGGCUGCACAUCAGUAAACAGAAGAUGGAGGUUUAUGAAGUACUGAAGGAGGUCGGAGACCCAACUCAGAACUUCCGUGCCAUGCGUGACCGUCUCCACGAAGCAACAUUUCCAGCCCUGCCAUAUAUGGGAUGCUACCAGAAGGAGCUGAUAUACAUCAACGAGACGAAGACGAAGGACAAGGACGGAAAAGUGAACUUUCCCAAGAUGAAGAGGACAUACGCCAUUCUGAAGCAGAUCCAGCAGUACCAGAAAGAGCCAUACGAAGUCACGCCUGAUGAAAAGGUGCUGAAGUACUUGAUGAACACGUCGCACAUUCCCAAUGAAGAGGCGCUGUUUGAGCAGUCGCUACGCGUCGAGCCUCGCCAGCAUUAGCCACUAUGUACUCGGGUAGCAGACGAGACAAUGAUGACUGAUCGACUUGAACUCUUCACAGCAAUUCAGCAUGGAUUGCUAGCAGUGUGCCGCUCCACAAAGGAGUGAAUCGUGGUGCCAGUGGCGACGAGUAACUAAGCCUGCCGAAAACUGAUAUGUUGUACAUAGUUGGAAGUCAUAAACAAGGCCGGUCGAGGCAGCUCAAAGCACAACUGUACAGAGCAGUAUACGCAUACAGUUGGAAGUCAUUCAUUGCAAUGUGGAGUGAAGCUCUCCUUCGGUAAGUUCGUUACGAUGUUUUAUCCCACUUAGGGCACUACAUUUGAAUCCCGCUGCUGCAUGGUAAUUCGUCAAUCGUCAUGCACCUACUAUGUUUGCUAUGCCAACUAUGUGUAUUAUUCAUUGAGGCAUGACGGCUGUCAUGAGGGUUUACGCCAUUUCUAAACUACAAUUUUCAAUUUGCCUUCAAACUCCUAUUCAAUCACCUUGAUCACCAUAAUAACCGUAACCGCUCAUCAAACACAUGGAGGUACUUACCCCCCACAUGGAUCGAGGUAUUUACCCCCCCCCCCCCUCCCUCCUGAAUUUCCACAAUGCCCCUUCUGAACUAUAUUUCAAUGCUUUAUCUUCGUUCCCGCCCUAUUAUUUUAACCCGCAGUUUGCGAGCACCUCUACCUGUACAUGUAAUGCUGCUAAAGAUUAUUAUAUUGUUGACAUGGAGCCCUUUUUACGCCUGCCUGCGUACGCUGCCGGUUCUUCUUUUUGGUUGCACACGGCUUCUUACACUGCAUCAUUAUCGCAUUGAAUCCUAAUUUUAUGCUCUUCAAAAGACGAGAGAAAGCCAUGCUGACGAUUAUCUUGAUUGCCUUGCUCAUCCGGUGCAUAAUGGCCCGGGGCUGUACUCUGAUGGCAAUUGCCACUUACCACCACCGCCACCUGACCUUAUUAUUUUUUAUCCCAAACAAUGUUCAAGUAAAACAACUAG